GUGCUGUGCCCUUUUUCUCUCCGUUUUGUUUUAUCUCGACUGGACAUUGGCUCGACUGUGUUUCUAGAUUUUGGUGUCUUUUUUACUUUUAAUCCGCAACUGUCUGUCCCAAGGUGAACAUUAUGGUUCACCUCGUCUCGGCCGCCGCCGUCUUGGUGCUAUCUGGCCUAAGUUUAUCUCCGGCUACGGCUCUCGUCUCGGCCGAGCCAGUUUCGGCGCCGCGAUCGCCUCACCAUCAACCACAUCAACCAUCUCGGUCGACAUCGUCGUCACUGGACUUCGCGCCGAGCGCGGACCAGGCGCGGGAGAAUGCGGUGCAUAUUUUCAAUGCCGUGCAUUCUGCCAUGCGACAGUGGGGUUCCUCGUUCCAUCAUAACGGGCUGGGUCUCAUUCCGGCUACGGUGCCCAAGGGUACGCUGAUGUAUCACGGUACGAGGGCGAAUAGUACCCCCGACAGCUUCGAGUGGCUUGCGUUUGAGAUGGAGCACUCGGAGGGGUUUGCGAGGAGUUAUCGGGGUGGAAGGGGGUCGCCGCCUCCGAGGCCGCCUGGGAAGGGGAAGGGUCCCGGGGGUCCGCCUGGUGGCGGAGGGGGUGGACCGCCGAAGGGACCGCAUGAUUCGGAACCUAUCCUCAUGAUGGGAGGGGAGGGAAUUCAACGGCCUAUUGGGGCAGAUGACGACGACAGAAAGAAGCCUCCUCCGAGGAGACCCGGUGGACCUGGCGGCGGCGACGGGAAGCCUGUGCGGGGAUACUUCCACACCUACCGCGCGAAGCGGGAUCUGAAGCUGCUGUAUCUCGACGGCAUGGCGGCGGGCAAGACGGGGAUGGGCACGCUCGACACGCAGGAUUUCCUGCUGCGCGGACCCGAGGAAGCGCCUGGGUUCGGGGAGUGGGAUCGCGCGGCGGAAGUGUGCGAGGUUGUGAAGGCGUGGGGGCUGGACGGGGUGAUUCGGAUGGAGAUCGGGUUCGAGGCGAUCUACUGCGAUUUCCACGACGGGUUGGCGCUCGAGAGCGUGCUGAGACGGCCGUGGAGCGAUGUUCCUGAGGCGGGGGUCGGGAUCGACAUGUUUGAGUGGGCGAGGGGUGUUGUUGAUAUGAUUGUUACCAGGCAUGGCGAUCGGAUUGAGACUUUGGCGGAUGAGGGGGCUGUUGAAGGGGAUGAAGGGUUUGUGGCGCAGGUUUUGACUGUUACGAAUACGUUUGUGGAUUAUCCGCGGGAUGCGGAUGAUUCUGCUGUUGUCGAGAAGGAGGAGGAGGAGGAGGAGGAGGAGGAGGAGGAGGAGGAGGAUGGGUACGUGAAGGAGGCGAGGGAGCGGUGCGUGAAGCACUUUUUGACACCGGCGACGGUGUGGAAGGCCGAGUGGACGCCCGAGGACGGAAUGAUGUACGUUGCCGUCGAGACUGUCGUCCAGAGACUCUGCGGGGAUCUGUUCGAUGUCCGGGGCCUCGUUCUGCGGGCGAUGCCGGCGUUGACGAGCGCGUUUUCCGAGGCAGAGGUCCGGCGCGUCGUUGACGAGAGUCACGGGGAUGAUGACAAGAAGCUCGAGGGCGCGGUAACAAAGGGCCGGAAGGUGAUUCAGUCGCUCAAGGAGGAUCUCGGGUGGAGCACGUGGAAGAAGUGUAGGCCCGGGUGCGGCGUCGGGGAGGUUUGCUUCAUUGCCAUGUGGCCUUUUGGGCUGAGGGAGGAUCACUUCCAUCCGAGCUGUCAGAACAGGAGUUUGUUGGCUAGGCGGGGUGGACGAGGGGGUGGGGAGGGGUAUUGGGAGUGGGAGCCUAGGCCUUGAGAGUGUUGAUGAGGGUGGUGAUGAUUAUGAAGAUGGUUGGAGGGGUAGAUUGUUGUGGUGUUUUGUUUUGGAUCGAGCCUGGUGAUGUUCCCUAGAUUCUGGAUUGCUUCUCAAGAUUCUGACACGAGCUGGCUUUACACAUUUUCCGGAGGGUGAAUAUGCCGCCGGUGACGUGUA